AUGAUCCUGGAAGGUCACUCAGAUGUGAUGGGGUUUAGAGAUGCUACACAGUAUGCUCACUACGUUUUUCACACAUUUAAACAAUCAGCACACAGUGGAACACUCAACUUCGAGCAAUUCAUCGGUCUUCUCUCUCGCUUGUCACGUGGGACUAUAAAGGAUAAACUCAAAUGGAUCUUUGGUUUGUAUGAUAUCAACGGCGACGGCUUUAUUAGUAAGCAGGAGAUGCUGCUCAUCGUCAGCGCCAUCUACGACAUGCUGGGACACUACACGGACCCUGCUGUGGACGAGCAUUCUGCUCGGGAGCACGUGGAACGCGUCUUUAAUCAAAUAGACUCAAAGAAAGAUGGGCUGAUUUCCUUUGAUGAAUUUAUGGAAUGGUGCCAGAAGGAUGAGAAUCGCACGAAAAGCCUCUUGAUGUUGGAUACCAUCUUGUGACAGGUAUAUACGACUAGGAAGUACGUCACUCAAAUGAGGAUCUUUUCUCACGCUUUAGAAGAUUUUCAUUCUCUGAUGUGUCAAAAUGCCUGUGGCGCCAUCUACCGCUGCCAUCGGGUGAAUCUUGUUUCCCUGACAUUCCUAAAAUAAAUCAUAGACAAAAUACUCAGAUUUUUGUACAAACACUUGAUUUCAUUUCUUAGAACCUCAUAGCAAUAUUAUAAAGUUGUGAUACUUCAGUUAUAUGUUUACCUGGUUUAUUGAGACAGUAAGAAAUUUACUUUGAUAAAAUCUCAAAAAAAAGUUCAGGGUCUUUUAUAGUUUGUAGGCAUAGAGUUGUCGUUCCAAACUAUAUAUAUAUGAGAGUAGUCUCAGCAUUGUCUUCCCCUGCAUAUCUUUUUCUCCUUGCUUAUUUGAGCUGUAUGUACAUAUUAGCAUUUUCUAAUUUUUUGUUGCAUGCUAACUAAAAUAUUUGGCUGCUAAAAAUGGAGUUUCCACAGUUGGAUGUCUCACAACAGCUCGUCUAUUGAACAGAAUAAAAUGACGAGCUAAAUGUUUGAUUAUUAAAGACUAUUAAGUCACCUUUGGUUAUGAAGUAUUUUCACAUUAACUUCAAUGUGUUAACACUAAACUACAAUUGUUAUGUGUAUGUUAAAAGCACACUAGAAACCUUAAAAGCACACUAGAAAAAUUAAUAUAGCUAUUAUAGCACCACAACCUAUAGUUCCCGAUAUUACACACAGAGAAACCUUUUACCAGAUAUAUAUUUAGAAUAAAACCAAAGCAUAAAGACUUCCUUAUAUGGAGUACAAUAGUGUUGUUAUAUGGAUAUACAUAUAUAGCUGCCAUAGCAACACCUUGUAAUUCCCCUUCAUAUACAGCUAAAAACUCUGCUAUGUACAUUAUAGCAAGUCAGCAAAAACCGCUUGUAAGGAGCACUACUUUUGUAUCAUAUAAAAGCACUGUUAAAUGUCAAAGUCUUGUUUGACAUAAGAAGAGAACACUUUUUGUAUAUAAUUUUACAUAACUUAGAAAAAAAUGUUUUACUCAACUAAAAACAAUAACAACAACAUUGUUUUACAUAUUCAAAUCAAUUGAACAGAAGCUCUACAUAUCCUUGUACUGUAUAAUAUAACAGAACUCGAGAAACCCCCGGUUUUGUAAAAUAAAAUAAAGUUUUUUUGUAAAUUACAAAUUUUAAACGAACUAAACAAAACCUUUUUUUAACAAAAGAACUACUUGAGAAGCAUAAAGAUGAUUUUUCCUAAAAUACAUGGUAAUAACAUCACUCUCGCUUUUGUUUCCAUCAUGUUUACUCAUAAUAGGAAAGGGUUGAAAUUUGAAAACGUUAAGAGUUAUCGGGCUUUAUUAAACUUUUUCUACACAAAAUUGUGUGACCUAAAUAUAUUAAUAAAAUAAAACCACACUCUUCACAACAGAUGCAUUUUCUUCACAUUCAUUAUAAUUAGACUUGUGUAAAAAAAAAACUAGAACAAAAGCAAUGCUAGAUAUUCCAUAUGAUAGCACAAUAAAAACCCUUGUUUCACGCUAAAUAUUCCACAUUACAGCACAGUAAAAAACCCUUGUUUCACGCUAUAACAAAACAGUGCUAUAUAUUCCACAUUACAGCACAGUAAAAAACCCUUGUUUCACGCUAUAACAAAACAGUGCUAGAUAUUCCACAUUACAGCACAGUAAAAAACCCUUGUUUCACGCUAUAACAAAACAGUGCUAGAUAUUCCACAUUACAGCACAGUAAAAAACCCUUGUUUCACGCUAUAACAAAACAGUGCUAGAUAUUCCACAUUACAGCACACUAAAAAACCCUUGUUUCACGCUAUAACAAAAACCGUGCUAAAUAUUUAACAUGACAGCAGAGUAAAACCCCUUGUUUCACGCGAUAACACAAAACGUGCUAGAUAUUUAACAUGACAGCACAGUAAAACCCCUUGUUUCACGCGAUAACAAAUUAGUGCUUCAUAUUCAACAUUAAAGCACGGCAAAAUUAUCUUUUUUAAUUAUCAAAAGGCGUUGUUUUCUAUAUUGCUUAACAACACAACAAAUCUCGCUUGCUUUACGCCAUAAGAAAACAGUGUUUCAUAUUCAAUUUCAGAGUGCAUCAAAAUCUCCUUGUUUUACGGUAUAAACAAGUAAUGUUUAAUAUACAUUGUGGUAACACACUUUUUUUAAUACUUCACAAGAUUCGUGACUUAAAGAGUGAGGGGUUCUUUAUUAAUAUAGAGUAUUACCAACACCGGGCAGACUCGCUGUCCUUCAUAACGAUGGGACUUUGCUAAAUAUUCGAUGUAACAUCAUGCUUUUAGGACAAAUCAGAUAUAAAAACCCUUGAGUACGUCAAGCUCCAGUAGCACAUUAGAUGCACUGUCUCGAAAAAGCAUCAUGUUUACAUACCUUUGUUGUACACCAUACACAAUUAGUAUAAAAUCAUGGCUACUCUGUAAGAUCUGCAUCUUUUCACACCUUACAUAUUAUAUAUUCCUUGGUAGCCAUCGCACCUAUCAUGAUAGAACAUCAAACCUACUCUGGUAGCUUGGAUACCUCACUGCUUUACCUACAUUUGUUGCCUUUCAUAUUUUCAGACUAGCAUGCUUGCAUCUUACCUUCCCUUAGAAGAUAAAAUACCUGCUUGCUAAGCUUAGUAGCUCGUGUCAUACUUGCCAUGGGAGCCAUAUUAUCUGCCUGCAUACUUAAUCUUGCAAGUCCUCAUACUUGCAUGCAUGUCUUAGAAGCUUAUUUCACACUUUCCAAAAAAUACAUCAUACUUCAUAAAAAUCUUGGAAGCUCAUCAUACCCACCCUGGGAGGUCUUCAUACUUGCAUGUCUUUUGUCAUACCUUCUCAUCAUACCUACCUUGGUGGCUUAUCACAUGCUCAUUAAUUGUCUUCCCUGAUGUGAAAAUAUUGGUAUGAUUUAUCGAUAUAGUUUGAAUAUCCUUGAGAACAUGUUUUUUUUUAUUAUUAUUUCUGUUUAGUAUAAAAAUUUCAGUCAUAAAACCUUUUGGGUUUAAAACAUUUAUUAUUUGCAUUACUCUAUGAAUUAAUUUUGAUACUACAUAUGCUAGAUCAUAACAGAUAUACUACUAAUGAUUUUAAUGUAACAUGACAUGAGUGUGAAAAUAUUGUGUAUUAUGAAUAUUGCUUUAGUUUUCUU